AUGCAGUACACGUGUGGUGAUGCAGGAGCCUUCUACUCGCCCCCACAGGUGGAGAGGGAGGCUGAAGAGGGGGAGGACUGUCAUACCCGAGUGCGCCACAACACCAUCCCACGUCCAGGCAAGAGAAAUUCAGGCACAUGGAAGGGUCCGUUCUUUGCAGCUGUUUUAGUUUCGUGGGUGUUGCCGCUGGGGGGCGUGGUUGUCUCGACUACAGAAGGAAAGGUGCGUGGCAUCUCAAAAACAGUCCUAGGAAAAGAUAUUGAAGUAUUCCUCGGAAUUCCAUACGCUGUGCCACCUACCGGAGAUCUACGUUUCCGCAAACCGAAGUCAGUGGCCCCAUGGCAAGGGAUCUACAAUGCGACCAGCGUGAAAUACUCAUGCAUGCAGCCGCGUGUCCCCCAGAUUUUUUACAUACCAACGCCUCUCUCAGAAGACUGCCUAUACUUGAAUGUGUGGACGCCAGAAGCGACAAAGGAGAUAAAUGUUCCUGUCUUGGUGUGGUUUUUCGGCGGGACCUUCAAUAUUGGCUCUGCUUACGAGAGAAGAUAUGAUGGGGCCGCAUUAGCGGCACUAAAAGAUGUCGUCGUCGUCUCUUGCAAUUUCAGAUCAGGCAUGUUUGGUUUUCUCGAUGCAAACACCGAAGGAGCGCCAGGAAAUGUGGCGCUUUGGGACCAACGUAUGGUUAUGCAAUGGGUUCAGCGAAACAUUAGAGCGUUCGGAGGAGAUUCAGAUCUCGUCACUGCCGUUGGAGAGAGUUCUGGAGCCAUGGACAUUCACCUUCAUCUCAUGUCACCAUUUAGUGCGGGCCUUUUCCAUCGCAUGUUUUCAAUGAGUGGGACGGAAACCAGUAACUCCAAUGUCGACUCGGUUUUCGAAAGCAUAAGUAGAGGGAACGCCGUUGCUGCAAUACUAGGAUGCGCGAAUGUCUUCCAAGAUCUGACAACACACCCAGAAAAGGUUUUGCAAUGUCUCCGAAGCAAGCCGGCGCAGGAAAUUGUCGAUGCUACAGAAAAUGCCACCGCUCCAUGUAUGUUAGCAUUUUUCCCCACAUUCAACACCGAGUUUAUCCCGUACCUGCCAUCAAUUGCGUCGGAUAAAGGCCUCUAUAGAGAUGUGGAUGUAGCGGUUUCAGUUUUAGCAAACGAAGGAGGAUUUUUCUUCCUUAUGCAGUCCGAUAAACAACUACUUCAAGAUGACUUGAGUGACUACGAAUAUUCCGCUUUCCUUACUGCCUUGAAUAGCACCUUUCAGAGAUGGCUCAAGAAAAAAAUAAUUCCUUUAGGAUUAUCCUACUUGGAGAACAGCAAUUCUUCAAACAAGGAGGUCCUGAGGCAAACAACGGCCGAUUUCAUCGCCAAGCACAAUUUUUACUGCCCAACGAAGCUUUUUAGUGAAGACCACUCGGACCACGGAGGUGCCGUGUACGGCAUGGUGUUUGGCCAUCGGUCUCAAAAGUCGACUGAUCCGGAAUGGGUUUACGUUGCGCAUAUGGAAGAAAUACCAUACUUUUUUGGAAUCCCCUUUCUGAACAGUGUUAACUAUACUGAUGAGGACCAGCAAGUCAGCGCAUAUGCCAUGGAGGUUUUGGUGUCAUUUGCCCGAGAUGGGAAACCUGCCGCACCUGAUGGGCUCGAGUGGCCCGCUUACUCAGCCGAAGAGCCGAAGUUUAUGUGGCUACAACCAGGGAACUACAGCCUGGUGGACUACAUGGAAGGAGACGCGUGCGCGCUGUGGCGAAACUUCUAACGGCUGACUGUGUUUUUUUUACUUAGCUUAGACGCCAAACGCCCAUUAAUGAACCAGAAGAAUCGUAAAAAUAAACGUAACAGCUCUCGGGGUACUAGCUGCGAAUAACAUUUAAAGAGAGAAGUUACAGACUUA